CACAGCGAUAAACUUUCUUGGUGUAAUUCCAACAAAAGUCGGGACGGGCGACAGCGGCAGGAAACAGCGUUCCCCGGGCCGUGUCUACACCGGUGGGAGCGAAAACAAUGGAUGAAAUCGAAAGGGCGGAGAAAUCCGUUCGACGGAAUUCGAGUAGACGUCAAAAGAGGUCGAGCCGGGAGGUGGCCUUGGACUGGUGCGCGUUCUGCUGCGCUGCUGAGGUCGGGGAAAUGCUGUGGUGUUCUCGUUGGCUCCUUAGACGCCCACGCGGCUUAACCGCCUUUAGCGCUUGGGGGUUGUUUGUUUUCCCAGCCUCAUCAAGUGGUGGUCAGGGGUUGAGAAAAGGAUGAGCUGGCCAUAAACAUCCCGAAGACAAAUUUUUCCAGUUUAAAUGCACGUUUAAA